UAUGUCUUUUUACAUUAACUUAAAUUCUCGAGAAUAAUUGAAAAUAGAUGCUGAAAAUGAAUGAAGAGAAGAAGAAAAUAUUUUUCUUUGGACAGCCAGGAUGUUUGAAGCAUAGUCCAAUAAAAACAACCGCAAGUGAAAAUCACAAUAAUCAUAACAAAACUGAUAAAGAUUCUGAUGAAGUCAGUCUGGAAAUAAAAAGCGAAGAGGAAAAUUUUAAAGAAGAACGUGAAAAAGUUGAUGAGAAUAAUCCAGAAGAAGAAGAUGUCGACAGUUUAUUGAAAAAAAUAUCCGAAGUCUUAGAAGAAAAUUCUGAUAAGAAAGAAGAAAAUGAUUUGCAACAAGAAGCAAACGCACAACCCUUGGCGCUACCAGAAAAUGAUUCAAUUGACCAAACAGCUACAACUUCAACAAGCAAUGAUAAAAAUUCAUCAUCAGUUACAAUUGUGGAACAAAAUUGUGUAAAUAUUUCUGAACAAUGUGAUGAUUUACAAUCGAAUAAGGAACAAAUUGAUCAGAAAAAUUCUGAUAAUGAAGAAAAAAUUGAUAUUAAUAGUUCAGAAGUGAGUGAGGAAAAACAAAUUAAUAAAACUGAUUCAGAUAAAAAAGAUGUAAUUAGUGAAGUUGUGAGUAAUUUAGAAGAUCAAGAAAAAAUAUCGAAUGAAAUCAAGUCGAAUCACGUAAAUGAUGAUCAUCACGAAGAAAGUUCAAAAUCUAUCCUUUUAAAGUCCAUUGUUCCAUAUGAUGACGAUUCAUCAUCGUCUUAUCAAUCUCAAGUUGAGUUAGAUAAAGAAAAAUUACUUGUCAUAACUCAAGAUGAUGAUGAGUUAAACAAAAGUGCCUCACAAUCGAUCAGUGAAACAAAGACAUCAAAUUCAUUAACUGCUGGUGAACAUCUUGAACCUCCAUUAACUAUUGAUGAAAAACAGGUUGAAAUUGUAGAAAGUUUAGCGAAUAAAACCGAGGAAUUAGCAUUGGAUUCAAAUACAAAUGUCCAUGAAGAGUCUGCAAAUCUACAAACAGAAAUUCAAGUUCAAAAUUUUUCAAAUCUAGAAGAAUCUCAUGAAAAUUUGGUUGCUAAAUUAAGUGAAACAAAUGCAAUGGAAAUAGAGACUGAUGUUGAAAGAGAUGAAGCAGCUGAAAUAUCUUCUGAUGAAACAAAAACAACAGAAGAAGAAAAUGACAUGAACGUAGAUGAAAAGUUAGACAAUGAGCCGCUCAAAGUUGAUGAUGAACUUGACAGAUCUGACAUCGCUGUUAACGAAGACAUUAAACAUUCAUCAACUGAGUUACAUGUCGAGUCAAUCGUGGAAGAGAAUAAAAUUCAAGUGACUCAACAGGUUGAUAUGGAAAUUGAGGAAAGUGCAUCAGUUAUGGUGAAUUUAGAAACUAAAAUGAUUACCGAAAAUAACCAAAGUUUUGUUAAUGAAGAAUCACAUUCAGAUCUUGUGAGUGCUAAUGUUUGUCAUGAAACUUCAGAAGAGAAGGAUAACAUUGAUGAAAAAAGUGAAUCGCCAAUUGAAGAGACAGUUGAGGAUUUUUCAACGAUAGAACAGAACGUUAUGAAUGUUUGUGAAGAUAAAGAAGAAACUUCUGAAGUCAUUAGCGAAACAUCUCAUUUGAUAGAAGAGUCAACAAAUCAAAUCUCUGUUGACGAAGAAGUUACAAUUGAGGGCAAAAAUGUUGAAGAGCAAUCUGAAGAUAUUCCUAAAAGUGAAAUCACAUUGGAAGAAGCUUCGAAGCCUACAGAAGAAGAAGAAGAAGAAAAAACAAUUCAAGUCAAUUAUCAAUUACCUCUCGAAAUUGUCAAAGACGAAACUUCAGAACAUAUCGUUGAUCAACCUAAAGCAUCGUUUAUCGAAGGAAAUAUUUCAAAUCAAACCGAAAAUGAGCUGGAAAGUGACGAUAAUCAAAAUGUGGUUGUUGACAAAGAUCUUCAAAGCGAAAUCAACAAAGAAAACAAGCCCGAAGAAUUGUCUGAGUCAAAGUCAGAAGAAAUUGUUAAUUCAGUUGAAUCAAAUCACGAUCUUGUCAACAAAUGUGCGUCCGAAUCGACAAUAAUCGAUGAAAAAGAUUCAAAACAUGAAAUUGUAGAAAAUUUCGAUAAUUGCAAUGAGAAAAUCGAGGAUGAAAUUCCUUCUGAAGAAUUAACACAGAAUUCAGCUGAUGAUUUGGCAACAAAGGAAGAAUGUCUAGAAAGUGAAAUUAUUGCAAUAAAUCUUGAAUCAAGAACAGAAUUACCAAGUGAGAAUCCUUCAUCGAAAGAAGAAAUCGAACCAGUGAAUAAUGUGUUACAAAAAGAAACUUCUCCAAUUGAAGAAGAUCAACCAAUGGAAGUGACAGAAGAAAUCGUUGACGUUCCAAGGGAAAUAGAACAAAGUGAGACAGAAAACUCUGAGGUUGAUGAAAGACUUUCAUCAAAAGAUGAUUUAGACCAAUUUUCCGAUGAAGUUCCUGAAGAGUGUAAUGACAACGACGAUGAUGAUGAAGAUGAAGAUAAGGAAGAAGUUAUUGAGCAUGAGAAAGCUGAAGAAGAGUCUCAAGAAAUGUCACCAGACAAAGCAGAAGUUGAAAUUGUUGAGAAUGAAACAAAGGUUGAAUCUGAAGAAAAGGAAAGUCUACCUUUGACAGAUCUUUUAGUUUCUAAUAAAGAAGAUGAAGAAAUGGAACCAACUGAGAUUAAAGAAGUCGUCAAUGACACAAUUGCAAUCGAAAAUCAAAUUGUUGAACCUUCGUUACCUCCAUCAACAAUUGUUGAUGAUCAAAUGUCAAUUCCUGAACAACCUUCUGAGUCUCAACCGCCUAUCGAAGUAAAAUCCAACGAAAUUGUUGAAGAAACCGACAAUAAAAUUGUUCAAGAAGAAAAUUUCGUACAAAAAUCUUCAGAAAAAUGUGAAGAAGUAAAAAUUCAUGAAAAUGAUUCCGUUGAUGAUGUUGUGAAAGAUGAAGCAGAAAAAGAACAAUUCACAAAACCUCCAAUUACACGAAAAAGAAAAAUAUCAGAACGUAAAAGCAUAUCCGAGAGUGACAGUGACGGUAACGUUCCAAUUGAUUCAGUGAGUCAUGGCAACAGUUCAGAUGAUGAAGAAGUUGUGUUGAAAAAGAAACCAAGAAUGCGUGGUCGUGUUGCAGCAUCGCGUCGUGUUCAAGCAUCAAGAAAGGCAGCUAAUAAAACUGAAACUCCAUCAACUGCAAUUGAUGAUGAGAAAGAAGUCAAAGUUGAAGAUGAAAAUGAAAUAAAACCCGAAGACAAGAAAUUAGAAACACUUCAAAACUUGCAAUUUGACUACGAUGGAAAUGAAGAUGUUGCAGCUAACGUUGCAGCAAUAAAAACAUUAAUUUGUAAAGAACCGAAGAAAGAUUCUGCAAGUGAGAAGUCUGAUGAUGAAGCUGUGGAGAGCAAACCUGGAAACAGACGCGGUCGUAAAGGUCGAAGGGGACGAUUCAGUAAGAGAAACGAUGCGGAGUCUUCAUCUGAUGAAGAUUCGAUUGGAAAAUCUAAGAAAGUUGAUAAUAAAAGAAGUAAAACGAACGAAGAUCAACUGUCAAGUGGAAGUAAUAAAAAGAAACGUGAAUCAGGUUUGUUAAAGUACAUUGACACAUCUUUAGUCAUUGAUACAACGGAAAAUGAAGCACCAGUCAGACAAUCACGACGAAUUGCACAACAAAAAAUCCGCGAAGAAACUGAACGUCGACAAAUGGAAGAGAAAAUGCUUAAACAGAUGAAAUUGGAUGCUGAGAAGAAGAAAAAGAACGGAAAUGAUGUAACGGAGGAAGAAUAUUGUGACGAAGACGAUGAGAAGAAAGAAAGCAGCAACGACGAUGAAUCAUUCAAAGGUACACGACGUAAGAAGAAAUCAAAGAUUAAACCAGCUGAUAAGCAAUGGCAAACUUCGUCAUCACACUCCGAACACAGUGAAAGUGAAGAUUAUAUGGAACAUAUUCCAUCUGAUCCCGGAAGUCCACUCUUUAAAUCUGAUCAUGAAUUCUCAUCUGAUGUUGAUGAUACGACACAAACACCCCAACCAGUAAAACGUGCUCGCACAGCGAAGAAACUCGAAGCUGUUUCGUCAUCAGAUGAAGAUGAAGACAUAAAUCCCAACCAUGCAUGUCAAGUCUGUCACAAGACUGAUAGUCCCGAAUGGAUUUUGCUUUGUGAUGAAUGUGAUUGUGGUUACCACUGCUCAUGCCUAAAACCCAUAAUAUUCCUUAUUCCAUCUGGCAAUUGGUAUUGCCCACUAUGCUGUCAUAAGAAGCUUAUCAGUGACCUUUCUAAUCAAUUGUCACAACUUGAUACAUUAAUUUGUAACAUUGAGACAGCCGAAGUGCGUAAACAACGACAGAAGCUUGCUGAAAUUUCAGAGCAAAAUAUUCUCCAAGAGCGUAGAAAGAAUCGAAUUGAGAAUGCGAGUAAAAGUCGUGAACGAGAUCAAGAAUCGUCAGCAGAAAGUAAUUCUUCAUCAGAAUCAGAGAAUUCAUCAGACAAUGCGCCAUUAAAAGAUUAUUUCUAUAAAUUGAGGAAACGAAAUCAAACAGCGGCGCCUUCUUAUCGGUUCAAUGAAUACGAUGACCUUAUAAACUCAGCAAUAAGAGAUGAGAUGGAUGAGGUGAAAGGAGCUGGCAAUUUAGGACGUGGUAAAGACAUUUCAACUAUCAUCGAAGCUGACAAAGAUGAGAAAAAGCAAGAAGAUGGCGGAGAUGAAGAGAAAAACGACGCUGAGACGAUAGUGAAGAAUAUUAACGAUGAUGGUGAGUCAAGUGGAUCUGAUGUUGUAAGAACGAAAAAUAUCAACAGACGAAAGAAGAAAAAUCGAAAACUUAAUAACUUAGACAUCAGUUCGGAUGAAGAAGAGCAUGUUUCAGAUGAAGACUUUAAAGGAACAUCGUCGAGUGACAGUGAGAUUGAUGAAGAAGAUUUAUCGAUGUCAAGUGUCAGCGAAAGUUCAUUGGAUUUGCCUUCGAAGAGAAGCAAAGGUGGAACCACAAGAAGAUUGAGGAAUCGUGAGAAGCGUUUAGAUAAAAGGUUCAUUAAUGACAAUGACAGUGACAGUGAUGAUGAGCCGCUUAUCAAAACUAAAAGAAUAAAAAAGAAGAAAAUUGAUUCCGAUGAAGAAGAUUUCGAUAUCAACGAUGAUGAUGACGACGAAGCUUCACUUGCAGAAGAAAUUGAUUCUGAAGAUUUAUGCGAUGAUACUGAAACUGAUUCGAGUUCAGAAAGUGCUUGGCCGAAGCGAAAAAAGAAACGACAAGCGUCGUAUGAUGUUAAGCCAAGAAAAGGUCCUAAAAAGAAAGACGACAACGAAGACAAAGCUUUCCGUGCUGGCAUUUCAAAGAAGAAAAUCUUAAAGAAAUCUGAAAAUGAGAGUGAAGCAAGCUUAAGUGACGCGGAAAAAGGAAAACGAAAGACUCGUGGAAAGAAACUUUUGUAUUUGAUUGAAGAUGAUUUGGAUUCGGAUGAAUCUGAUGGAAUCAAACCAGGAGUGAAACGACCCGAAACGCCACCCGAAGAACGAGAAAUGUUCUUUAAGAAACAAGAGGAAAUUAAAAGAAUGUUGGCAGCUAAAGAUACUGAAGCAGCUAAAAAACUUGCAGCACCAACAAUUGAACCAUUUAACGUUGUUGGAUUAGAAAUGCCAAAGUCACCAUCACCGAUGCCUUUCUCAAAUGAACCAGCAUCACUUUCAACAAUCCCGAAGAAUGUCAUCGAAAGUGCAAAAGCUUUGGACACAGAUUAUAAUCGAAUUAAACCGAUUUUCGGUGGACAUCGUCGAGCAGCUGAUGGAACAAUUCAAUCAAAUGAUAUGAAUGAAGAGGAAUUGGCAAAGAUGAUGGAGGAAGAAGAUUUCGCUCAGCAUCAACUUAAAUUAGCUGGUGAAGCGAUUGCACGAUCGAAGAAGCUUCUUGAACUUGAAGCGAAAGAAGAAGAGUUUGCAGCUUACAGUAAAGUGCCGAGAGAGAAAGAAUGGAUUCCACCAGCACAGCAACUAACACCUGAAGCGAAGAAACGCGUUCGUAAACCGAAAAGUGCUGAGAAAUCAGGAGAUGAGACAAUGAAUUAUACGAAAGCUUUAACAGUGCCUCAAACCGUGCCACCAUCAUCGAAUUUACCAUCUUCUCCUAUGCCACCAUUAGUUAGCUCAAACCUCGCGCAAGCUUUACAAAACCCCCAUCAUCCACCACCUCCGAUGCUAGCAAAUCUUAUGCAACGUCAGCAACAACAACCGCAGCAUCCACAACAGCCACAACAAUUCAUAUCAACACAGCCGAGUGAUCGACCUUCAGUGUUGAGUAGUUUCAUGACAAGACCCGAAACUAUGCACUUGCAACAUUUGAAGAUUCAUCAACCCUUGCCUCCUGAAGCUUUCAAUCCUAAGAAUCAGCAACCGUUACCGACACCACAACAAUCACCAUUCGAUGAUGAUGAGAAGAAGAAAGGACGAAGAAAGAAAUUUACGCCUUUGAGAACUGACGGAUCUGAAGGAAAUAUUACAAAGUUGGCGAAACUAGAUCCUCCAUCUGUUAUUCAAUCAACUCACAUUAUUUCACCAGAUCGUGUUGCUGUUGAAGACAAAAGUAAAAUUCCUCGAUCUGAACAUCAUAAAUUAUCAGUCGCAGCUCCACCACAGAUAUUUAAUCCCGCAACAAAUCCAACACCAUCAGUUAUUACGAGGCUUUUACAACCACAACAACGACCAGGCCCAACGUCAGGCCCCUACGGACAAACUUUUUCAGAAGUUUCACAAGCAAAUGCAGAAAGUUCUUCUACUAUGAGAAUUUACGCAGCACAAGAAGACGUCAAAGGUGGACCUCCAACGAAGGUCAGAACCUCAAUGCAACCAGCGCCAUCUAUGCCUCAAAGUUCCUUCGGUGAACAUCCUUUUGUGCCAAGAAAUAUUCAUACGCUGUACAGAGGACCACCGACUCCUUAUGGGAUUCCUCCUCAUGCACGACUUCCACCUUAUCCGUUUCAUCACUUACAUCCAAAUUUGAGACCUGGAGAAUAUUCAGCACCCUACAACAUCCCGCCUCAAUUUAGUUAUUACGCUCCACCAGCUCACAGUCGUCAACCUCCACAAGCUUCCGCAAUCCCACUGAACCAUGGCGCAUCUCAAAAUGUUGCUGGACCCGAAGAUAUCUCAAAUAGUAUUCGAAAUGCAAAUAACUCAGAAGAACCUAGUGAAACUAGUGAAUUUGGAGGAUUAGUAAGUUAUUUUAGUUCUCAACAGGAAUUAGAUUAAGUUGAAUUUUAAAUAAAAGCAAAUAACGAUUACUAGAAAUCAUGUAAAUUUAAUAAAAGAACGACAUUUAGAGCACCGUUUGCAAGAAUGAUUAUGUUUCUUUGUAAGCAACACUUAUUUAUGUAUCACAGAAAUGUAUUUUAAGAUUAAAUAUAUUAACAACAUCUACAAGUUAAUUCAAAAAAAUGACAACAUUU